AUGAAGUUAUUCGUGUUUUCCCUAGCAUGGGCUUUUGCUCUUCUAGCUUCAUCAUUGGCUUCUGCCGCUACAGUUGAACUCACUUUCAAAGUUCAAAACAAGACUAUCAAACGCUUGUGCCAUGAGCGAGUGAUUGUAACAGUGAACAGACAUCUCCCUGGACCACAGAUAAAUGUCCGCGAAGGUGACACUGUGAUUGUCCAUGUAUUCAAUGAGGCACCGUACAAUAUCACCAUUCAUUGGUAA